UAGACCCAUUGUGGCAGGUCUGUAAUUCUUGCUCUGUCUCCCCCCAGGCCAGGAUCAUGCCCCCGCUGCUUCUUGGAGCCAUGAAAUCCCUGAUUUCUUGGGUCUCUGUCCGGCAAGUACUCUUGAUCUUCCUGUACCUGCUGACCAUCCUGGGCAUCACCUUCUUCCUACAGCUGCAGAGCCAGUCCCCCCACCAGGGGCAGAGGAUCCCUUCUCCAAGUGACCCACAGCAACUCUCACCCACAGAUCAGGGCAUAUGGACUGUGAACUCCGCUGGGCGCCUGGGGAACCAGAUGGGGGAAUAUGCCACCCUCUACGCCCUGGCCAAGAUUAACGGGUACCAGGCCUACAUCCUCCCGGAGAUGCACCAGCAGCUGGCGCCAUUCUUCCGCAUCACCCUGCCCGUGCUCUCCAGCGACGUGGUCCAGAACAUCCCAUGGAAGGAUUAUGAGCUCCAUGACUGGAUGUCGGAGGAGUACAGGCACAUCGAGGGGAAAUACGUCCGGCUGACGGGCUACCCCUGCUCCUGGACCUUCUACCACCACCUCCGGCAGGAGAUCCUCCAGGAAUUCUCCUUCCACGACCAAGUCAAGGAGGAGGCCAAUCGGUACCUGGCCGGGCUGCGUGGACAGCACCAGAAUGUGACCUACGUGGGCAUCCACGUCCGGAGGGGGGACUACGUCCAGGUGAUGCCCCAGGUCUGGAAGGGGGUGGUGGCGGACAAGGCCUACCUGGAGAAGGCCAUGGGCUAUUUCCGGGCCAAGUACCAGGAGCCGAUCUUCGUGGUGACCAGCAACGGGAUGGAGUGGUGCCGGGAGAACAUCGACGCCUCGCGGGGGGACGUGUAUUUCUCGGGGGAUGGGAAGGAGUCGUCGCCGGGUAGGGACUUUGCUCUCUUGGCCCAUUGCAACCACACGAUCAUGACCAUCGGGACCUUCGGCAUCUGGGCUGGUUACCUGGCUGGGGGGGAGACUGUCUACUUGGCCAACUACACCCUCCCCGACUCUCCCUUCCUCAAGAUCUUCAAGCCUGAGGCCGCCUUCCUGCCUGAGUGGAUCGGGAUCAACGCCGACCUCUCCGCCCUGCUCAGUGGGAUAUCUGGCUAAAGUAGCUCAGCCUCCCGGGUGGGCUGCACUGGUGAGAUCGACGGAGAUUGGAGCUGGGCUGGCAGGGUUCAGAGCCCAUACAGAGGAGCCAAUGACCUACAUCGGAUGACUUCUCAUAGGAGCGUCCAGAGUGAUGGGGCUAACCAGGGCUGGUGGAAGCACUAGGCAGGUUAGGCAGCCGCCUAGGGUGCCGAGAUCUGAGGGGUGCUGAGAAGCCAGUGCCUAAAAAUAGAUGCAGGCUC